UUCUUCCCUUCUUCUCUUCUCGCAGGAGGAACUUUUUGCGCCAAACUUUAUAUUUAUAGAUCAAUAUUGUGCAGGUUAAGGCGUCCUGUGAAAACGCAUUGCCAUGAAGUACAUCCUUGUGACGGGUGGUGUCAUUAGUGGAGUGGGCAAAGGCGUCAUAUCGAGUUCCUUCGGUACCAUUUUGAAGAGCUGUGGGGUGCGAGUAACAUGUAUCAAAAUUGAUCCGUACAUUAACAUUGACGCUGGCACGUUUUCUCCCUAUGAGCAUGGUGAAACAUAUGUGUUGGAUGAUGGUGGCGAAGUUGACUUGGACUUGGGAAAUUAUGAACGCUUUCUGGACAUCACUCUCCAUCGUGACAAUAACAUCACAACGGGUAAAAUUUAUCAACAAGUGAUCAGCAAAGAGCGUAAAGGAGAUUAUCUGGGAAAGACUGUCCAGGUUGUGCCCCAUAUAACUGACGCAAUCCAGGAAUGGGUUGAAAGGGUAGCCCAUAUUCCAAUUGAUGAUACCAAUGAGCCUCCUGAGGUAUGCAUUGUUGAGCUUGGCGGAACUAUUGGUGAUAUUGAGGGCAUGCCCUUUGUGGAGGCAUUCCGCCAGUUCCAAUUUCGAGUCAAGAGGGAAAAUUUCUGUUGUGCUCAUGUGUCUCUUGUGCCUCAGCCUCGCUCUACUGGUGAACCCAAAACCAAGCCCACACAGUCUAGUGUGCGUGAGUUGCGUGGUCUUGGUUUGUCCCCUGAUUUGAUUGUUUGCCGAAGUGAGAAGCCUAUUGGUCAGUCAGUCAGGGAUAAGGUUUCAAACUUCUGUCAUGUUGGCCCUGAACAGGUGAUAUGUAUCCAUGAUCUGUCUUCUGUCUACCGUGUUCCAAUUUUAAUGGAGGGACAAGGAGUUGUAGAAUUUUUAAAAGAACGUCUUCACCUGAACUUCACAUUGCCUCAGCCAAAAUCAUACAUGAUGAAAUGGAGAAAUUUAGCUGACAGAGUGGAUCUGCUCCGAAAGGAGGUUAAUAUUGCCCUUGUUGGAAAAUACACCAAACUGGAAGAUUCUUAUGCCUCAGUUUUGAAAGCUCUUCAGCAUGCUGCCAUUGAUGUUGGAUACAAACUUAAUGUUUCACUUAUUGAGGCAUGUAAUUUAGAAAAGGCAACCAAAAUUGAUGACCCUGUCAUGUACCACAAGGCUUGGCAAACACUCUGCAAAAGCGAUGGUGUCAUCGUUCCUGGAGGUUUCGGCAAACGUGGAUUUGAAGGAAAGUUAGAGGCCUGCCAAUGGUGCAGAGAGAUGCAAAAGCCUUUCUUAGGCAUUUGUUUGGGUCUCCAGGCAGCAGUUGUGGAGUUCUCAAGGAAUGUCUUGAAACUUGACAGGGCCAAUAGUACUGAAGUUGACCCUGAAACCCCUCACCCUCUCAUUAUUGACAUGCCUGAACACAAUCAGGGUGUAAUGGGUGGAACAAUGCGCUUGGGUAAAAGGACAACCGUUUUUACCUCUGACAAGUCUGUUAUGAAGCAAUUGUAUGGCAAUAAACCAUCUGUAGAUGAAAGGCAUCGUCACCGGUUUGAGGUGAACCCCAAGUAUGUGAAACAGCUGGAGGCAGCUGGGCUGAAAUUCACAGGUCAUGACACUAACAAUACGAGAAUGGAAAUUUUGGAAAUGGAUAAUCAUCCAUACUAUGUAGCCACCCAGUACCACCCUGAGUACCUUUCAAGACCCCUUAAGCCAUCUGCACCAUUCAUGGGACUUAUUUUGGCUUCAGUUGGAAUCUUAAAGCCAUACUUGGAACACUGCAAUUCUUCGAAGUCUUCCGAUGUGUCCGAAGAAUCAGAAUUUCUUUUCUUGUCUGCAGAUGAUCUUGAGGCUGUAUCAGCAGUGGAAAAGUUCAACAAGCUUAAAUUAGAAACUGGUGAGAGCCCAUGAGGACCAUUAAGUUUAAAUAAAAAUGUCAGCUUGUAAACGUUA